CCCCGCCUCUUUCUCCCCGGAUGUCUCCGACUUUCACGUGUUGGGACGGGACUGCGGUUUGAUCUUACAGUAAUGGAUACGGAGAAUGCGGCCGGCACCGGGGAGGCUUUCACCAGCGUCACCAAGAAGAGGGGCAAGAAGAGGAGGGCGGCGGAGGAGAGACCCAUGGAGACGGGGGAGCAGCCCCUGAAGAGGCCGGAUUUCCCACCGAUAUCCGGGGACAAGCUGAUGGGGGACAAAGAUGAAAUGAGGAAGAUCCCGGUCCCGUCGAACAGAUACACGCCUCUGAAAGAGAACUGGAUGAAGAUCUUCACUCCCAUUGUAGAACACUUACAGCUCCAAGUCCGGUUUAACCUAAAAUCGAGAAACGUGGAGAUAAGGACUUGUAAAGAGACGACAGAUGUUGGCGCUUUAACGAAAGCUGCAGACUUCGUCAAGGCCUUUAUCCUGGGCUUCCAGGUGGAGGAUGCAUUGGCUUUAGUUCGACUUGAUGAUCUCUUCUUAGAAUCUUUUGAAGUCACAGACGUUAAGCCCUUGAAGGGAGACCACUUGUCUCGUGCCAUUGGGAGAAUAGCUGGAAAAGGAGGAAAGACCAAGUUCACCAUAGAGAAUGUUACAAAGACUAGGAUAGUUCUCGCCGACUCAAAAGUGCAUAUUUUGGGAUCCUUCCAAAACAUCAAGAUGGCAAGAACGGCAAUUUGUAACCUCAUUCUGGGAAGCCCACCUUCUAAAGUAUACGGAAACAUACGUGCAGUGGCAAGCAGAGCAGCAGAUCGAUUUUAACUCUGUAAUAAACCAGCUAUGGUGGGUGUACUGCAGAUGCCCUCUGGAUCUCUUACAGCUGGGACUGCCCUCAGUUCAUGAGGUUUCCUAGUGACACAUGUGAAGACUUGGUGGCCUUAUCCAGAUUUUUACGUUUUCAUAUGAAUAUAUUCUAGAAUCCCUAUGGGAAAUGCAUCAAGUGGAAGCUAAUGGACAAGCGCUAUUAAAUUUGUAUUUUUGCAGCCCCAUUAGUAUAAAGUGCAUGUGUCCCAGGUGUUCUUGGGUCAUGGUCUACUUUUAAUGGCUGUGGCGUACUCAGGAGGUAUGCAAGACACAUACUCCAAAUAAUGACCCUGUGCUGUUUCAGCAUGGACGAGCUUCAUCUCUAGGAAAACAAGACUUAAUUUGUAAAUGAAUUAAAGCUGUGGUGACAUGAACUUUGUUAAACAUCGGUUAAUAAAUCAUUUCCAGGCUUCUCUCAAUAAAUAUUA